AUGAGUCACAAUGGUUUAUGACCAUUCAAAUCUGUAACUAAUUUUACUAUUUUAAUGUUGAAUAACAAUGAAAAAUAUGAGAAGGUUGAGGAUCAAAAUUUAUUUUUCAAUUUAUUCUUUCUCCAAUGGCUAAAAAAUUCUAAAUGAUUACCCUUGAUCUUUCUACAUUCUCAAACUUCUUGGUGAGUAAUUUUGCAAAAAAAUAACAUACAAAUUUGAGCAAUCUUUGAAGCUUGGUGCAAUGUCAAAAAAACAUUGAGUUGAUGAGAAAAAAAUGAUUGAAACAUGAUCUUCCUUGACCUGAUUUUAAAGACAACAUCUUCAUCAAUUAGAUAGCUUCUCAAUGUGAAGAGGAUACAAAAAAUCAAGUGCAAUUCAUCUUUCUUUUUGUUUCUAGACUUAACUUAAAUCUACAUCAACCACAAGUUCUAAUAAUGAUAUUGUUCUCACAUUUUAUUUGA